CAUUGACCAGGCAUCCCUUCCGGUAGAUGAGGUCAACUUUUCCCCAGAUCCGCCAUUUCAGUCCCGGAGUUUCUUGUUGCAUAUUACUUUGGGAUUUUGGCGUCAUUUCAUCACACAAACCAGUUCUGUAUCAGGGUUUUACUGGGCUACGAUAACAUAUUAACCCUCGGUGCCUCGACGUUACUCGGGAAAAUCGCCUCAAGUCGUCAUAUAACACAUUUUUUCUAAUGCGGGGGGAGAGUCACCGACCCAAAGUUUUUGUAUGAGUUGCGGAUAAAGAGAGGCCUCAAGCCUCGGGCGGAAUCGUUCAGCCAUGGCGGGUCAUUUUGACGCCGAAGACCGAGCGAGUUGGUACUGGGGGAGGCUGAGCCGCCAGGAAGCAGUCUCUCUCUUACAGGGGCAGCGGCAUGGCGUUUUCCUGGUGAGGGAUUCGAUCACCAGCCCCGGGGAUUACGUGCUGUCCGUGUCGGAGAACUCCAAAGUGUCCCACUAUAUCAUCAACAGCAUCAGUAAUAACAAUCGAUUAUCCGGCUCAGGUUUGGCUCCUCCACGGUUUCGAAUCGGGGAUCAGGAGUUUGAGGCCCUGCCGUCCCUGCUGGAGUUCUACAAGAUCCACUACCUGGACACCACGACCCUCAUAGAACCCAUCAGCAAAUCCAAAAACUCAGCGUUUGUCAGUGCCUCCUCUGCUGGCGCCCCCCAGCAGCCUGAGGAGGCGGAGUUUGUCCGGGCGCUCUUUGACUUCCUGGGCAAUGAUGAGGAGGACCUGCCCUUCCACAAGGGCGACAUCCUGCGCGUGCUGGAAAAGCCCGAGGAGCAGUGGUGGAACGCCGCCAACCAGGAGGGGCGCGCCGGCAUGAUUCCUGUACCCUACGUAGAGAAGUACCGACCUUCCUCGCCCACCGCAGCCGGCACCACUGGCAUGGGCGCCCCUGUUGUGGGCACUGGACAAGGGGGGCACGUCGGCGUUGCACUGGCUAGUGUGGACGGAACUGGGGCCCCUCAGGGCAACGCUCUGGGUGACCCGGGCCAGUACGCCCAGCCGGUGGUCAACACUCAGCUUCCCAACCUACAGAACGGCCCCGUCUACGCCCGGGCUGUUCAGAAAAGGGUGCCCAACGCCUACGACAAGACGGCGCUCGCUCUGGAGGUCGGCGACAUGGUGAAAGUGACCAAGAUCAACGUGAACGGCCAGUGGGAGGGUGAGUGCAAGGGCAAACGAGGCCACUUCCCUUUCACUCACGUCCGACUGUUGGAGCAACACCAGCCGGACGAUGAGAGCUGAGAGACGCUCUCAUGUGUCGCCUCCCGCAUCAUUCACGCUCAUUUUUGUUGUGAAGGAGGGGAGGACACACACACAAACGACAAAGCAAACGUGAGUUCAGCAGGUCCCGGACCCCCCGGGGUCCGAGGUAAAGGCAGGCCAGAUGAGCUUUAGUGAAAAGGGCUUCUCUUCAGAUGGACUUGAGCUCCUCCAGAACAGAAACCAUGAAAGUCAUCGGUCAAACCCAAAUGAUCAUUUUUAUACAUACCUUUAUUGAUAAGGUAUACAGAUGACUUUCUUAUGUUGCUUAUGAUUUAUAUGGGAUUGCAAGUGCCAAUCUUUUUUCAGGUGAAAACAACAACAGAGGUCUCACUCUGUUUUUAUUUUUGAAAAUCCCUCAUUACAUGUGUGCGACAUGAAACCAAAAGUGAAUGUUUACGCCUCUGGCUUACGGAUGGGCAUAAUAGCUGGUUAAUUAUGUGGGAAUAAUUUGACUUGUCUUGGGGCAAAGUGGUGUGUAGUGCACUGCCUGGCUAUAGCCAGCAGAGGCGCUCUGGAGCAACAUUGAACUGUUCAAGGAUCCCUGACAUCGAGUUUGCUUGAAUAAGUUCUAUAUAUAAUUUUUAAUGUCCUGCAUUGUUGGAUUUUUUAAAGCAAAUAUGCAUAAAUGGCAUUCGUAGUUGAUGGCGCCACUCAUGACCAACAAGUUCUCAAAGUCGCGACACCUCUCAGCCAAAUGCUUUUCGAGGUAGAUCGGCGACUUGGUUCAGUACAUUUAUCAUCAAAACAGUCAUGCCGAAAUGUUGUGCUGCUGCUGGAUGUUCACAGUAUUUGUGUGAUACUAUAACAAAAAGAGGAAGGUGUAAGACAAUGGACCAUCAAGUGUAAAGCAGGAAAGACGGAUGGAAACAAAACAGUAAAGUCUUUUACGCUCAUUAAAACAAUAAUUGAAGGGUCAGCAUUGUGUAUUUUGAAGGUGACCAAUCUUAAUCUUCAUGUUUUAAGGCUUAAAACCAAAUGUUUCUUCCUUUUUUCUCAAACUAUCGACACAUGGCUCAAAUCUUGAUGACUGUAAACAACCUCUGACUUGUACAGUGCACCGCCAUGUUUGUUUACCUGAGUGAUGGUACUCCGAUGAUGUCACUUCGGGAAAUGAGACUGAACUGCGAGAGCUAGUCCGUCACGGGUGGCGCCAUCAACUAUAAAUGGAAAGAAACUACAAUUUAACAUAUUUAAGCAAAGUUGACCCCAGAAAUGGCCGCCGUAUUUUCCGAACAUCCUCUCUGCUCGUUUUCACGUCGCUCAAGAGUAGCUAACGUCACAGGAACUCCAAAAAACGUUGGUUUCUGUGAUUUUAGUGCAGCAGGAACCGGCUUGGUGGCACGUCUGGCAUUGCGGGAGUCGAAACAUUUGCUUAGGACAACUGACCAGCCAGACCGUGUCGCUUGAAAAUCUUAGCGUAUUUUAUUUAAGUGAAUGUUGAGCCAAAUGUUUCCCAUUGCACCUUUUUUAAUGUCCAAACUGCUCGGUGCCAAUCACAAAAAAUGGUGAUAGUGAUUAUUUUUAUGGACGCUGAUGAACAAAUGCUCUAUUUAUAUGACCUUGAACCACACCGGAUGGACUCAUAUAUAUAUAUAUAUAUAUAUAUAUAUAUAUAUAUAUAUAUAUAUAUAUAUAUAUAUAUAUAUAUAUAUAUAUAUAUAUAUAUAUAUAUAUAUAUCUCCGGCUUUCUCAACAUGUGUAUUCAUGCUCAUUACUCAACAUUUCCUAGUACUCCAAUUUGGGAGUACUUGUUUGAAAGUAGUAUUAGGGCCACACUGGAAGGAAUAAGAAUGAAAAUCGGGGGGGAAAUCGUAUCGUUACGAGUUUAAAAAAAAGUUUAAAGUACAGGAGCAAUUUUAUGUAAUUUUAUUAGGUAAGAAGAUGUGAUGUCCAAAUAAAAUCUGAAUUUUCCAAGGGAAAAAAAAAUUAUUUACUAUUUUUUACUAUUUCGUCAAUAGUCUGGUUUUUAGAUGCAUUAUUGUGUGAAUGUAGUCUGAGCUUUAUGAGCAAAAACUCAAAGGGAAAUGUCAAUACGUUUUCCAGCGAAAGUGAAAAAUGAAACGAUGCAACUUUUCCACUUGGACACUUAAAGCAUUACAUGUAUAUGUAAGUUAUAUUGCAUAUACAGUAUUUCAAGAAAAAAAUGCAUCUCAGCUAUUGGCAUCAAAAUUGCUCAUUUUCCCCCAUUUUUGAUGUACUUUGAAAAAAAGAUGGGUUAUUUUAUUUUUUCCAUUAUUUUAACUCCUAAAUAAUCUUUGUAAAUUUUCUUCUUGUAAAUGUUGACUUUAUUCCCAUAAUAAAACUUUUUCUCUAACCAAAUUUUCCAAAAAGGUACAACUUUUUCUCAAAUCAUGACUUUUAAAAUUUAAAUAUUUAAUAUUAAGACAUUGAUUUCUUGUUAGAUGUCUUUUUUUCUCUUAAUAUUUUUUUUUCCUCUUAUGCUAUUUCUAUGUUGUCAUUUUUUAACUUAGAAAAAACGGCAUAGCUGAUUAUAAAACUUUUUUGCAAUUAUUUCAUGCUCUAAUGUACCAUGGAGCGUUAUGGAAUUAAAAUCAUAAAUGCACAAGGCAGAACUUGUAAUAUUACGAAAACAAAGUCAAAAAUUAUUACUAAUAUGAGGAUAAAGUCAGAAAUUUUCAGGAAAAAUGUUAAUAUUUGAAAAACUCAUUACGUAAUACUACGGCAAUAAAGUCAUCCAUUUACGAGAAAGUUGUCAAUUUAGGAGAAAAAAGUUUAUAUGAGAAUUAAGUCGUAAAUUUACAAGAAAAAAAAAUUUUGAAAAAACGUACAUUCCUGAGAAAACUUGUAAUACUACGGGAAUAAAGUUGUACAUUUAGGAGAAUAAAAUUGUAAUAAUGAGGAAAGAAAAUGUUAAGAUUUCGAGUCGGGGGCAAAAUAGAGCAUAGCUAUUUUCUCUUGGUCCGGCGACUAACUUCAGGAAGAGAGGGAACUUUCCUCUCGCUUCAGGCGAGCUUUUAUUUAUAACGUGGCAGCAAAACACAUGAGCAUGUCCAGCCCUUCUCCCGCAUGUGGCGCUAACACAAAGGUCCGCCCUUUCAUAGCUGUCUCGGGCAAUGCCUGUAACAUAAAGUUAGGAUUUUUUUCUCCCAUAUUUACGUCUUUAUUCUCGAAAUCUGCGAUUUUUCCUCAAUGUGGCCCUAAUAGUCCGCCGUACUUCUGGCUUAAGUUGAUUUCCUUUGAUCCAGUGCGGCUCUAGCACUCCUUUCAAUGUUGGAGCUUAUUGUGCUGCUAAAUGUGGAGCUUCAUGUGAUCAAGUAAGUUUGUCUUUUUGGCAGAGUGAACACUUCUAAAAAAUAAAACACCCAAACUCUGGUUCCUUUGAGGGUAUUUAAGGAGGAAUUGCAGCAAACUCUUGGAUAAAGAAGAUUAUCCACAAUGAAAUGGCAUUAUAGCGACUGGGAUGUAAAUGUUAAAGAAGACACUUGUGUGUAUUGUAUGUAUGACCUGUUAACAUGCACCUUAACGCCCAUACUGCUUUCUAAAGUCUUCAUGCCCCCCCCCCCAAAAAAAAAUUUUCAAAUAUUUUCAUCCCCCGCCUCAUUAAAAGGACCAGAAACGAGCAAAAACAUCAUUCUUUUGUACAUUGUUAGUGUUAUGAAAAUAUAUUAUUUCAUGUUUUAAAAGAAAAUACAUUUUUUUCUGUAUCGUGUUAUGUGUCAAUAAUAUACCUAGUCAAUAAAAAUGUA